GAUGAUUUAGUUUCUUCCAUUUGGAAAUGAACAGAGGUUGCUUGCUUGAUCAAAUAGCUGCAGAACAAAAUAAUUAACUAAAUUGCGACUUCAACAUAGUAAAGUUUGCUUUUAAGUUCUCAAUUUUAACUUUGCAUUGACCAUGGAAGAUAAUGCCGUGAUCAAUGUAACUUCAGUAAGCUCAAAUACUCUAAUUGAUGGAGACUGGAAUGAAUAUCCUACAAAAGACAAAGCUUUAAAUCUGAAAUAUGAAAUGUACCCUGAAUUCCCUGAGAAAGACAAUCUACAAGAAGGAUUUAGGAUGAGAAAAGCUAAAAAAGAGGAAUCUUUGAUUACUUCCAAGUAUAGAAUAGGAGGUUCUGUUGAAAGCAUAUUUUCUCAGACCUCUGUACAUCAUCCUGAAUGGACAAUACUAAGAUCUAGCAAGUCUCAGGAUGCUCUAACACAUAACUCAAACAGAACACAACAUGAAGAAUGGACAGAUAAUCAGCCACUUCAUUUUGAAAACCCAGAUGUUGUGGAUGAUGUGGUGGGAGAUGAGGUCAUUUUCAAGUCUCCUGGGCAAAAAUCUCAUAACUACAAAAUAUUGGACUAUAGACCCAACCAACCAGUAGCUGCUCAUGAUUCAUAUUUCCCAUCUUUACAAAUAACUGAGUUAGAAUACUCACCAGAAUAUUGUUAUGAAAACAAAAAGCUAAAUGCCAUGGAAAUCAAAACAUAUUUCCCCUGUGUCAAUGUAACCGAAAAAAAGAUGGCAACAUCAUCUUACUUUCCAUUUGAUGUCAAGAAAGACAAAGAAGAGCCUGGACUGGAACUUGUAUCCCAAUGGGCCAAGAACACUGACAGUGAUAGAUCUUCCAGAUCUGAAGAAAGGGAUUGUAGUCAGUCUCAGGAUGCAGAAUCUGAUGGAUCCCAGAAUAUCUCAAUGUCACUGCUUAAAUCAAUACUUAUGGAAAGGGAGGAUAAAAUAAAUAAUCUAAGCAAAGAUCUCAGAAGACUGCAAGCUGAAAAUCUCUUCUUGUUGGAAGAAAAGCAGUGUCUUCUCUCUGAAAAUGAAACCAUAAGAAAAGAAUUUGAGGUAAUGACUUUUGAUAAAGUGAAAAUUAAACAGGACUUAUUAAAUGCUUCUGAGCUCAGCUCUCCUAUGGUUCUGCAACGACAAAUAGCAAACCUUAAAAAUCAAAUUAACAACCUCCAUGAAGCCAAUGAAAGUGCUGUCCUAGAGUUAGCAAAAGCAGAAGAGGAGAUUUCACAGCACAAGAAAGAUAUAGCUCGGCUUAAAGCAGAAUAUAACCACAAAUUACAAGACUCACAGGAGGAAAUAAAGCUACUCAAGGAAAGGAAUAGUAAGAUGCCAGUUAGAUUUGCACAACCAGACUAUGUACAAGGCCUGCACAAGGAAAUCUUCCAGCUGAGGAAUGAGUGCAGAAGACUGAGGGAUCAAAGCCAUCAACUAAAUGAGGAAAAUCAUCAGCUGAAAGAAGAACUGUGGGACUAUAAGCGUCAAAACGAGUCUGAAAUAAUGAGGACAACAUAUCAGAAGAAUGAUAAAAAUGAUGAAUUUACAACAAGUUGCUGGAAUAAUUCAUUCAGAGAAAUUACCCAUUCAAAAAGUUGGCAUUUAGCAGAACAAAGUCUUUACAGGAAUGAUGCUUUUAAGGACGAAGGAACUCUCUCAAAAUGCAAAGCAGCCUUAGGAUCUCUGAACAUAAAAGAACCUUGGGAACCAGAGCGCAAUACUUCACCUGUUUCUGUAGAGAGUGAAAAUACUGAUAUGCUGAUUAUGGGACAUCACGAAGAAACACCCUGCAAGCCCUUUCAAGAAAAUAUCAGUGGAGCAGGUGGUACCUAUGAAGAAAUACAAGGAUUGAGUGAUGAUAAAUUUUAUUCCAUUAGCCAACGUAAUGACAUGGUCAUUUGCAAUACUCCACACGAGAGCCCAAAGGCUACAUACCUUAAGGCUUCUCCCAGCAGAACAACUAUUGGUACAAGAUCACAUGGACCUCGAUUGGGACAACAACGACGUCCCUUUGCACCAAAAAAUGUUGCAGAUUUAAAAGUUGGACAUUUAGUGAAAUUCUCAAGACCUGGUGGUAAAAUCAGUAAUGGUACAAUCCAGUACAAAGGCCACUUAAAUGGAAGAGAAGAAGUGUACUUGGGAGUUGAGCUAGAUGGCAGUGAGGUUGGGAAGCAUGAUGGGAUCUUCCAAGGAACACGUUAUUUUCAUUGUAAAACUAACAAGGGAGUAUUCGUGAAUUUCAAUAAAGUGAUCAUGGCCUGGGAAUAGGCAAUUCAAGCAUGAAGAUUUCCAGUGUAUGUAGUACUGCAACAACCUGAGAUCUGCUUCUGUACAAUUGAAGUGUAUUGCAUUUUUUUUACUACACACCAUUAAACAUUUUACAUUACAGUCUCAAA